ACCCAAAAGGUUCGAUUAUGAUAGCUAUAGUAAAAAGAUAAACUAGGAAAAGAAAAUUAAAAUUUCGAUUGUUAUUAAGCCACGUCAGCCAUGCUGAGCUAUCAUGCAUGGACGGACCGUGCUGGAACGGCAUGACGACCAAACUCGAAACGUUAUUUGACUCCAGUUAAUUGCGCCUGUUCCCGCUAACCCCCCACCCCACUUUGCAUGGCCGUGCGCCGCCACCACAAGGCCCUCUACCUCGGCCUCAUCUCUGCCGCCACCACCCUUCACCACCUCGACCAGAUUCUCGCCCACUCCAUCGUCACCGGCUAUCACCCUGACCUCAUCACCGCUACCGCCCUCCUCCGCCGCGUUUCCGACCUUGGUGGCACCGCCGCCGCCCCCCGCGCCCUCCGCCUCUUCUCCUCCGUCCCCGACCCUGAUCUCUUCUUCCUCAACGUCCUCCUCCGCUCCCUCCCACCCUCCACUGCCCUCCCCCUCCUCUCCUCCCUCCCCCGCCAUCACCCCCACCUGCGCCCCAACACUUUCACCUACGCUGCCGUCGCCUCCGCUGCUUCUAACCACCCCGAGGCCGCCCCUCCACUCCACGCCCGUAUCAUCGUCGAUGGUUUCGCCAAUGACCUCUUCGUUGCCUCCUCGCUCGCCGAUCUCUACCUCAACUCAUCACAGGUCUCCCUGGCGGAGAAGGUGUUUGAUGGAAUUCCUGACCCGGAUACCGUUCUUUGGAACACGCUUAUCUCCGGAUUGGUAAAAAACUGCUCCUUUUCAAGUGCGGCGAGCGUCUUCCAGCGAAUGGUAGCGUCCAACAGUGCCAGGUUCGAUUCAACCACCUUGGCGGUCGUCCUCCCUGCAGCAGCAGAGCUCCACGAUCCGAACUUGGGGACGCUGGUGCAUUGCUUGGGCAUCAAACUGGGGUUGGCAUCUCCUCCGCAUGUCGUCACAGGGUUGAUAUCCAUGUACUCCAAGUGCGGUGACAUCCCUGCCGCAGAGUUCUUGUUUGAGGAGAUAGAAUACCCGGAUUUGAUUGCAUAUAACGCAAUGAUCUCAGGGUACUCCAUCAAUGGCCACAUCGAAUCUUCUGUGGGCUUGUUUAUGGAGCUACUGGUUUCGGGUGUAGGGAGACCGAACUCAAGCACCAUGGUCGGCUUGAUCCCGGUUUUCAGUCCCUUUGGCUAUGAACUGCUCGCUCGAUCCAUUCAUGGCUUCGCUGUGAAAGCUGGUUUCGAUGUGAACUCUGCCGUAUCGACAGCUCUCACCACCGUCUACUGCAGACUGAAUGAUAUGGAAGCAGCAAGGCGAGCUUUUGAUUCCAUGCCGGAGAAGAGCAUGGCGUCUUGGAACGCCAUGAUAUCCGGGUAUGCACAGAACGGUUUGACAGCAACGGCGAUCUCACUGUUCAGGGAGAUGCAGGCGUGCAACCUCAGACCCAAUCAGAUCACCGUCACCAGCAUGCUUUCGGCGUGUGCUCAGCUCGGAGCUCUCACCAUGGGAAAAUGGGUGCAUCAAAUAAUCGCAGAGGAAGACCUUGAGCUCAACGUCUUCGUGUCCACCGCACUCGUCGACAUGUACGCCAAGUGCGGGAGCAUCGCGGAAGCUCGAAGCAUUUUCGAUGACAUGGAGGAGAAGAAUGUGGUCUCCUGGAACGCCAUGAUAUCGGCUUACGGAAUCCAUGGCCGAGGCCUCGAAUCUCUGAAGCUCUUUGAGGCGAUGCGGAGUGCGAGCGUCGCGCCCACGGGCGUCACCUUCCUCUCGGUUCUGUGUGCUUGCAGCCAUGGCGGGUUGGUGGAAGAGGGCCGCGCCAUCUUCGAGUCCAUGAAGCGUGAGCAAGGAGUGGAGCCAGGGCCGGAGCACUACGCUUCCAUGGUGGAUCUCCUUGGCCGAGCAGGGCGACUCGGCGAGGCGCUCGAGUUCAUAAAGACGACACCUGAGAGCGCCGGUGCGGGCGUCUGGGGUGCGUUGCUUGGUGCUUGCAUGAUCCACAAGGAGAGCGAGCUCGCUAGAUAUGCUGCACGCAAGCUGUUCGAGCUGGAGCCCGAGAACCCCGGUUACUACGUCCUCCUUUCCAACAUACAUUCAUCCAAGAGGAACUACCUGGAAGCAGCCAUGGUGAGACAGGAUGCCAAGAACAGGAAGCUGGCGAAGACACCGGGAUGCACUCUGAUCGAGGUCGGGGAUGCCGUGCACACCUUCACGGCCGGCGACAGGUCGCACCCGCAGUCAACCGCGAUCCACUCCCUGCUGGAGAAGCUGACCGGGAAGAUCAUCGAGGCGGGGUAUCGGGCGGAGACCGAAGCAGCAUUAUACGACGUCGAGGAGGAGGAGAAGGAGCAGAUGGUGAAGGUCCACAGCGAGCGGCUGGCGAUCGCUUUUGGGCUCAUCAGCACCGGCCCGGGGACGGAGAUCAGGAUCAUCAAGAACCUGAGGGUGUGCUUGGACUGUCACCAAGCCACCAAGUUCAUUUCCAAGAUCACUCAGAGGGUGAUUGUCGUAAGGGAUGCUACAAGGUUUCACCAUUUCAGAGAUGGGGUGUGCUCCUGUGGGGACUACUGGUGAGAAUUCAUGGAGGGACACCUGUCUAUACGAUCCAAUAUCAGAUCUUAAUCAGUUCAGUAGAUAUCAAAAAAUAUUGAUCGAUAUGAACUGAUCCCGCUGAUAUUUAAUUUCUCUUGGUGAUCAUAAUAUUUUGUAUGAGGCAAUUUGAAGAGACAAUUUACAAGGAUAGUUCAUCUAUGCACAAAUAAAAUUACAAAUUACAGUGAGAAUACUUCCAAAAUUAUUCCAUA